AUGGUGAUUCCGCUACUCGCGCCGUCGGAGCUGGACGCCCAUCCGGCCUUUGCCAGGCUGUGGGAGCACGUCACGCGGGAGGUGUUGGCGCAGGACGCGUCGAGUAGGAGGGAAGAAAGGGACAGGGAGCGGAGGUGGUGGGCGUCGAGGAGGGCGAGGAGGGCGGCCCCGAGAGGAAGCAGGAGAGGGGAGAUCGACGGCGAGGAAGAGCUGUCGUUUGUGGAUGGUCGUGGACAGUGGGCAGGAGGAGGAGGAGGAGGAGGAGGGGGAGACGGUGCAGUUUGGGGAUAUCAAGAACUACGGAGAGAACUGGAACCAGACGAGGAAGGUGAUGAUGAUGACGAUGAUGAGUAUGAAGAUGCGGACGUCACCGAAGACGAUGCAGGCAAGCAAGAGGAACGACCAAGUCCACGGCUGAGCCUGAGCCUCGACCAACAUCUCCACGCCCUCCGGGUCGCGAGGACCAAGCGCCGCAUCCUCCGCGACGUGCUCGAUCAUGUCGCCUACCUCGACCUCUCUGUCACGGGCCAAAGUCACGCUCGAGGCCAAGACGACGAUGAAGGUCAUCCUGAAGCGAGCGAAUCUUAUCACCCCUACGGCGCAGAGAUCCGCAGUCGCAGUCAGAGUCAGAAUGGCUUACUAUCACCUGCAUCCACCUACACGACUGCUCCCGUUGAAAUGGCGGGAGGCACGAAGACUGGGAUGUCAGAUGUCACGAACCAAGGUCUCGAUGUUCAAGCCCAGGUGGCGAGGAGAGAAGGGCACGGGACACGUGGGAAAACGGACAAUGUGUCCAGGGAUCGUCUCCCACCAAGCCUCGGAGAGCUUGUUCGCGUCAUUGCGGCGUAUUUGCACGGCAAGACGGAUGGGGCGGGAGCUCUCUCGUCCGCAGUGACACAAGAGGAGGAAGGUCUUCUCGACCAGGACAUCCUGCGCUUCAAGAUGAAUAUUUCUCCUAUAGCCGACGUGGUUUCUUCACGGCUCGUCGAGCUCGAGUCCUCGCUCUGUGCGUUAUCGGACAUUGCCCGGGAGCACGGCGACGGCAAUGGCAGUGAAGACGAAGACGAGACCAAAGUCCCAGGUACAAUGGGCCAUACGUCCGUCACUCAGGGCCUGGAUGAAAGUGUGCAGGCUCAACUGUCCCGCCUCUCCGAGCUCCGCGACACCCUCCUCCCAUCCUCCCUCGCUGCAUUGUCCACGACCCUUCAGCAGCUACUCACGCUGCAGCGCCAGCUCCUGCAGCUGCAGAUCCAGCACCUCGAGACGUCCAAGCACGGCGUACUUUCCCGCUACACACUGUCCAAGAUCGCCUUCCUAGACACCGUCGCACAGGCGAUGGCCUUGAAGGCGCAGGUCCUGGUGCUGGAGGCGAGGAAAGAGCUGGAAUUAUCCCCGCAGGCGCAGAAGAGGAGGGAAGCAAUGAGAGAGAAGAUGGCCGUGGUGGCAAAGGAGGAGGCGCAGUUGGACGACAGGAUCAGGUUGUUGGAAGGAGUGUUGGCAGAGUAUGAUGAGGCCGGGGAGCAUGGCGCGGGGAUCAUGUCGAAGCUGGGCAGGAGGUACAAAGAGAUUGAAGAGGAGACGGAGGCAGUCAGGCGGGAUAUUGAGAUGUUGCAGAGACGGGCAUCGAAGCGUUGA